UAUAUGAUUUCCAUGAGAAGCAUUCUUCACGAACUGUUUUUCAAGCAUUGAAUCAUGGCUUUCUUUGUCUUCAACUGGACUAAAAGGACAUACAUCCUUGCAGUUUUGUCUUUAGUGCUGUUGGUUAUAACGGCCAAACACAAAGAAUACUUCUGUUGUGAGGAAAAGCCGCUGAGUAGUUUUGAGAAGUUUGAAGUUUGGCUUGGUUUUAUGGAGAAACCCAAACCUUGUCCAGGAAAGGAAGACCUCUACACUAUGGCGGUAGAGAUGGGCAUUUCAGCUGCAGCUGUACUAGCCAGUGCUACCAUAUACAAGGUGUGGGACUGGUCCAAAUCCCUAAUGGGUCGGACAAUUCAGAUCAUAAAGGGAGGAUUCAAGUACCUAAAAGACCGUGUUCCAUUCGGAAAAUCUACCAAGAACCCUCCUCAAGAGGAUCCCCCAAAGUACAAGUAUUUCUUCUUCCGUAACGCCUAUGAACAGCGUAAAAUUAUAAUGGUUAUGAGGGAGGGCGAUGUCUAUGAAGAGAUAUUUGUGUACUCCCCCGAAAAGAAGAAAAUGGAGUGCGUGUUGUCCUACCGCAAAGGGUCUCGUUAAAUAGUGUCCAUCCUCCUGGUCCUUGAUGCGGAAAACCAUAAAAUUUUCAACUGAGAGGUCAAUAAGAGUGUUGAUAAAUGUAGAAAAGUAUUUUGAUUCACUUCAUUCAUGAAUUUAGAUAAUAUUAUGUGAUGAAUUAUCAUGAUUUUUCAAAUAUCAAAUGAAUUUUCAUGUACAUUUUGAUAUUGGUUUUGUGUGUUUAAGGCUUUCUAGUGAAGAAUAAAUUCAAAAUACUUGAAUUUUUGAAGAAUAAAUAUUAUAUUAUAUGAA